UAGGUUUGAUGAAUUCGACGAAGCGAUCGACGAAGCAAUCGAAGAUGAUAUCAAGGAGGCGGACGGAGGGGGCGGUGGCCGAGGCAAAGACAUGUCCAACAUCACGGGGCAUCGCGGCAAGGACAUUUCCACCAUCCUGGAGGAAGAAAGGAAGGAAAGCAAGCGGCCCCCGAGGGCGGCUGCCGCUCGGCGCAAGAAACGGCGGCGGCUGAACGACUUGGACAGCGACAGCAACCUGGACGAGGAGGAGAGCGAGGACGAGUUCAGGAUCAGCGAUGGAUCUCAGGACGAGUUUGUUGUCUCGGACGAAAACCUGGACGAGAGCGAAGAGGACCAGCCAUCCAACGACGAAAGCGACGCGGAUUUCCGCCGGCGCCGACCCCAGCGGUACCAUUCCAGGCCCAUGAGGCAAAGCCGGCGGCUGCGUAGGAAAACAGUCCGGAAAAGAUACUCCGAAGAUGACGAAGAGGAGGACUCUGAGGAUAACGUAUCCAGGGAGUCUG